AGAGAGAGAGAGGAAGAGAGAGAGAGAGAGAGAGGGAGGCAGGGAGAGAGAUAGAGAGAGAGACUUCGAUGAGGAAACUUACAAGCCCAAUGUGAAACAAGGACUGCUCUCUACACGUUACUUUUCGCGAGGGAUGGUACUGAAUUUGACUGUUGGUGGGGCAUUACGAAGGCUCCCGAAGGAUCGCUGUCUUUACUUGGAACAGACUAAACUCCAGCGAAAUGAGCGGCACAUUUUACUUACUGCUCGCACUCUGUUACCUGGUUGGUGGGCAUGCUGAGGAAACCGAAUUUCCCCCAGAAUUGUUGGAGAAAUUGGCGCACAGCGAUAUCACAAGUAUCCGUGAUCUUCAGCGCCUCCUAGAGAUUGACUCCGUAGGAGAAGAUGAUCGUCUGGGCUCAAAAUCUCACAGUGAAACAAUAAAACACGAAUAUACAAAACGCUCAGCACCUGUAAGGAGAAAGCGAAGUAUUGAAGAAGCUGUUCCUGCAGUGUGCAAAACGAGGACUGUCAUUUAUGAAAUACCUCGCAGUCAGAUAGAUCCAACUUCUGCCAACUUUCUAAUAUGGCCAGCGUGUGUGGAAGUCCGACGCUGCACAGGCUGUUGCAAUACUGGCAGCGUGAAGUGCCAACCAUCUCGGAUACAUCACCGCAGUGUCAAGGUGGCAAAAGUGGAAUAUGUAAGGCGCAAACCAAGAUUAAAGGAGGUUAUAGUGAGGUUAGAGGAGCACUUGGAGUGUACAUGCACGGGUCUACAGUCCACAUCAGAGCACAGAGAACAUGAAGGCCCUAGCACCAACCCAAAGCGUUUAAAAGGAAGAAAUAGUGAAAAAAUUAAAAAACGGAAGCGUAAAAAGUUAAUACUGUCACCUGACAAGGAUGUGUUGCCAACAUAACAGCUCAGCGACCUGUGCAGAUGUAAGGUGAAAAUAAGCUAUACAGUAAUGGAAGGCACGGACAAAUACCCUUUCGUUACAUUCCAAAGCCUGUACCUCAAAGGUGCUUUUAUUUUGACUCGUUUCCCUUUUGCCCUCAACAAAACCUCUUUCCCCCAAAAAACGGACAAUUGAGAAAAAAAAAGAA